GCCCCAGCAUGCCGCCCCAGCCCCGUAGGAGCCCGCAUGCUGCCCCGGCCCCCGGCACGCCGCGCUAGCCCCCAGCCAGGGCGCAGGGAGGCGCGGAGGCCAUGGCCAGCCACGUGGACCUGCUGACUGAACUGCAGCUGCUGGAGAAGGUGCCCACGUUGGAGCGGCUGCGCGCCGCCCAGAAGCGCCGGGCCCAGCAGCUGAAGAAGUGGGCGCAAUACGAGCAGGACCUGCAGCAUCGCAAGCGCAAGCAUGAGCGGAAGCGCAGCACGGGCGGCCGGCGAAAGAAGGUGUCCUUCGAGGCCAGCGUGGCCCUGCUGGAGGCCUCGCUUAGGAACGACGCCGAGGAAGUGCGCUACUUCCUGAAGAAUAAGGUCAGCCCUGAUUUGUGUAACGAAGAUGGACUCACCGCCCUGCACCAGUGCUGCAUCGACAACUUUGAGGAAAUUGUCAAGCUGCUCCUUUCCCACGGUGCCAACGUGAACGCCAAGGACAACGAACUGUGGACGCCUCUGCAUGCCGCGGCCACCUGCGGCCACAUUAACCUGGUGAAGAUCCUCGUUCAGUAUGGAGCCGACUUGCUCGCUGUCAACUCUGAUGGGAACAUGCCCUAUGACCUCUGUGAGGAUGAGCCCACCCUGGAUGUCAUCGAGACGUGCAUGGCGUACCAGGGCAUCACCCAGGAGAAAAUCAACGAGAUGCGGGCAGCUCCCGAGCAGCAGAUGAUUUCAGACAUUCACUGUAUGAUCGCAGCUGGCCAGGACCUUGACUGGGUAGAUGCCCAGGGGGCCACACUGCUGCACAUAGCCGGAGCCAACGGAUACCUGCGGGCAGCCGAGCUCCUCCUGGACCAUGGUGUACGCGUGGAUGUGAAGGACUGGGAUGGCUGGGAGCCCCUGCAUGCGGCUGCCUUCUGGGGACAGAUGCAGAUGGCGGAGCUGUUGGUGUCCCAUGGGGCCAGUCUCAGUGCUAGGACGUCCAUGGAUGAGAUGCCAAUUGACCUGUGUGAAGAGGAGGAGUUCAAAGUCCUGCUGUUGGAGCUGAAACACAAGCAUGAUGUGAUCAUGAAGUCGCAGCUGAGGCAUAAGUCAUCUUUGAGCAGGAGGACGUCCAGUGCAGGCAGCCGAGGGAAGGUGGUACGUCGAGCCAGCCUGUCCGACAGGACCAACCUGUACAGGAAGGAGUAUGAGGGAGAGGCUAUACUCUGGCAGCAGCGGAGCGCAUCUGAGGAUCAGCGGAACUCUACCUACAACGGGGACGUCAGGGAGACCAGGACAGACCAAGAGAAUAAGGACCCGAACCCCAGGCUGGAGAAGCCCGUGCUGCUCUCCGAGUUUCCCACCAAGAUCCCACGCAGCGACAUGGACGUGCCUGUUGAGAACGGCCUCCGGGCUCCGGUCAGCACCUACCAGUAUGCGCUGUCCAACGGGGACGUCUGGAAAGUGCACGAGGUGCCCGACUACAGCAUGGCCUAUGGCAACCCUGGCGUGGCCGACGCCACCCCGUCCUGGAGUGGCUACAAGGAACAGAGCCCCCAGACGCUUCUGGAGCUGAAGAGGCAGCGGGCUGCGGCCAAGCUGCUCAGCCACCCCUUCCUGAGCACCCACCUGGGCAGCGGCGUGUCCAGGACGGGCGAGGGAAGCAGCGAAGGCAAGGCCCCCUUGAUCGGAGGCAGAACUUCUCCAUACAGCAGCAACGGGACCUCGGUGUAUUACACGGUCACCAGUGGAGACCCCCCGCUCUUGAAGUUCAAGGCCCCCAUAGAGGAGAUGGAGGAGAAGGUCCAUGGCUGCUGCCGUAUCUCCUAGUCUCUGUGGGAUGGAGGAGAGAGAUGCAUGGGGAGAGGGAUCCUGGAAUCCAGGCCAGCCCAGCAGCCCUGGCUGGGGGUGGGCGGGGGGGCAGCUGGGGUGGGAAGGGGGAGGUGGGCUCUGCAUUCCUCUGGAACGCAGAGCCCACCUCUCAGCCAGCUGCCCAUAGCAUCACCACUUCCCAUGGUUCUGCUUCUUGCCGCAUUGUCUGCCAUCAAAAAACAGGGCCCGUCGUGGCUUCCUGACUCAUCCUGCUGUCAGAUUUUGGGAGGGCGAGCUGGGAUUCCAGUUCUGUUGUUGGUCAAGGCUUCUCUGGACCCGUACUCACAUGUCAUAUAUCAACACACACACACAUACACGCUCACACUCAAUCAAUGUGUAAGAAUGACACAACUGGGCUCAUGGGAAGCAGGUGGAACUGAGAAUUUGUGAGCUCUUCCUAAGAGGACUGAGGUUAAGAUUCAGAGUUUGUCACCACUGCCAACAUGGCUUUAGCAGGGGAGGAGGCCUGCUAAGCUGAGACUCGUCUUCCUGCCCAGAGUCCUGCCAGGGCUUGGUAUCAUCAUCCCUGUCUGGCAGGAGCAGGAGGUCUUCUCUGUGUUCAGAGGGAGCUAAGGGAAAGAAUCUGCCUGCAAUGCAGGAGAUGGGGGUUUGGACCCCUGGUCCAAAAGAUUCCCCGAAGAAGGGAAUGGCAACCCACCACUCCAGUAUUCUUGCCUGGAGAAUUUCAUGGACAGAGGAGCCUGGUGGGCUGCAGUUCAUGGGGUCGCAAAAAGUCAGACACAACUGAGCGACCGACACUUUCACUUUGAUGAACCCACAGCGGGUGGAUGAGAUGGGUGUAGACCUCCUCCCCACGGCCUUGCCCGUGCCCAGAGCCAUCUGUGUAAGCACCCAGGGGCCAAGGUAGAACGCCAGGUAAUUCUGCUCCUGGAAUAAUCCAAAUCUAUUUUGCUCUUGGAUGGAAGCAUCAAAAUGUGGCGAGGAGAGGGAAAAAAGGUAGCAUUUUCAAAAGUGUGUUGGAUAAAAUAAUUCUUUUAGACUGUAAAACUCCAGGUUGGGGAGGGAUUGCUGAAUUAGCUUUCUUUCACAGACAAUAUCAUGAUCACUAGGUUUUAGUGACUGGUAUUGAAAAAAAAAAUGAAGCUAAGGGAGAAGCUUCAGUUGGAAGGGCUUUUCCAGGGAGAGAGGUGAGUUCAUGUUUUUAAUUUCUACAAGCAUCUCUGUUCAGAUGACAGAACCCAGUGCCCUGGCCGAGCUUUGUGACUGGUCAGAUGGUUUCAGUCCAGCCUGUCUCACCCAGUCCUCCUCAGACUGAGCCAUCAAAGUGAGCAGUGGGGGGGCUGCUGUGGUCCCCACCUCUCCCAGGGUGAAUGUUCAGGACUCCCAGCCCAGCUUUGCUUUUUUAGGAAUGCCUGGUGACAUGGGUUUUCCAGUUGGCUCUUGUGAACUCCUGUCUGGCCCAGGGGCUGCUAUCCUGCUCCUGCCCAAGCCUGCAGAUCCAAGGUGCCCAUCUGUGGUCCAGCAUCGUGCACUGCAUUCAAGUGGUGCUGCUGGAGUUGGGUCUUGCGCCAGCUUUACGAUUUCAUGGCCCCCAACCUUUCUGAUGCUGAGGAGGGAAGACUACGAGGGACAGGAUGUCUGCCACCUUUCCACUGCAUCCUCUCAUGAGCCCUUUGAAAUUGUUGCCCACGAGUUGGGCACUGUCCACGGGCUUGGCCAAAGCUUACUGGUGUAACUAACUAGCUGCAGGUCUGUUUCCUGCUCUGCACGCCUUUUACUUGUCCAAAAACUACCUCUUUAGAGCUCUGAAGGGGGCCCCUGAGGUCCAGAUUCGGAAAUUUGGAGGACAAAUCUGGAUUUCCUUUAAUCCUUUUCUUUCUGAGCCUAUGAGAAAUUCUCCCUGUGAGACAUCUGGGCCAGAGGUUGGGGCUGGGGGGGGCCCCCUUGUGCCACAACGCUAGCAAGGGGAUCCGCUGUUUGUCCCAGUCCUCCACUGUGGCCCCCAGGCCUCCUGUAGCCCAGAGGCAGAGCUCGAUCCCAAGGGCUCUGGCUGAUGCUUCACCAGGCGCAGGGCAGCUGGGCCGGAGAGCAGGGGCCUCAGGAGUCACUCCGCCCCUGGUGGCUCCUGGAUGCAGGGAGAGUCACAGCAUCAGACAACUUCCACCCCAGUUUCAGGGCGGAUCUAGUGUAGGGUGGAAAGUCAGGUCAGGUGACUGCAGACAGCUGUGCAUGAUGCCUGCCACAUCUCUGGAGUCUGGGGCUGGCGCUCUUAUCAUCUCAUCCUAUGACUGGGUCAGGGCAGGAAUGAUCCAAAACACGCAUACCUUUAGGCUUUAAAAACAGUGUUCAGAUGAGACUGACACUGGAAUUCAUUUUGAGCUAUGAGCUGGGAGGUCCCGAGGGAAGCCACACGCUCCUAGGAGACAGCCGUGCAGGUUUUCGGAUCUGUUUGCUCAGAGGCCAGAGACUGAAGGCAUUUAUUGCCCCUUCUGAGUCCUCUGGCUAUUUCCUCCCUUCCUCCCUUGCUUCCUGCCUCCUGGGCCACUGUCUCCCACCCAGAGGGCUGGGAAUCCCAGCUGAUUGCCCGACAGGAGCCAACUGCAGGCUCUUGGGCAUUAGCUCAUAUUUUCAGUCAGGGAUAAACCAUUUCCAUCAAGUCCCAGGGGAACUUUCCCUGUGGAUCUCCUUGGUGUCGAGGGACAAGCUGGGGCCAAGGUCAUUGAGUUUUUCACUCUGUAGUUUAUUGAGUAGCUGAGGCUCACCAGGCACUGUGUUAGGCUCUGGGGAUAAAGGAGGAAUGAGGUAGACUGAGGACACUGCUCUUUACAGUUCUCAUCCUUGGAGGACCACGAGUACCAGCAACCCCCAUUUGAUUCAGAGACAGAAAAGCUGUGUCCUGGUCCAUCAACCCUUUGCUUUUCUGCUCUUGAGAAUCCCUGGACUGUGGAUUCCUUUAGUUUGGAGGUUGCUGACAUGGCCACCAUUGGAUAACAUCUGCCACUAAAUGGUGGAGAUGCUGGGUCUUGGGUUCCAGGUAGAUACCAUCUGAAGCCUAUCUGGAACUCUCAAGGAUAGCUGCCUUCCAGCCAGCAUCUUUUGGGCACUGUCUAACAGCAGUUUGAAGUCAGUGUCUAGAAGAGCUAGGAGCCUGGAAUUUGCGGCCAAAUGCAUCUCAGCUUCUUCAGCUCAUUGUCUCUUGCUCGUUUAUUACCUAAUCCUCCUGCCCCACCAGUGGAUAGUGGGAGGAAAAGGCGCUUCUCCUUUAACAUCAAAGCCUUUCCUCAUAAGUCUGCCUCUGUUCCUGGCAGAUAAGAGAGCAAGGAGCAGGGAGAAAGCUGGCAAGAUCGACUGGAUGCCUAGCUCCUGGUUAGACCCAGGUCUGGUGGCAGUUCCUGGCAGAUGAAAGGAGGCUGUUUCUAAAGCAUGUGCCACAUAGCUCCAUGUGAGCUCCGGCCCUUGCUCCCACCCUGAAAAUUGGUGACACCCACCAGAGACUGAGCUGCUGGCUAGUAGCUCAAGGAAGUUGAAUGAACCACAAGCCUAAGGUCUUCUGAAGACUUCAGGAUGUAAUUCUCCAUCAGAUUAUGCAGCAUUGAUGAAACUGCCCCGUACUGUUUGAUCAAUCUCAGCAGGCUUAGAAAAGUUAACAAGGAUGUGUCCCCUGACCUACCCACUAGUUGGCUGGCCUUGUCAUAACAUGAGACCCAUUUUGGUUAUUGAUGUCAGGUACUUUUUGAUCUGGAGUUCUCUCUCCCACUUGCUUUUCCAGAGCAGAAUACUGGGAUGCUUUCCAGAAGCGCACUUCUUACAGGAUGCCUAGAAGGACUCUAUUUAACUCUUGCUAUUGUGACCUGGGGACAGCCUCCCCUCCCCCAGGGCACCUAAGAGCCAAGGGUCAUGUGGCCAGUGGGUGACUCUGCAGAAGUGACUGCCUUUGCUAGAAGCACUCCUCGACAAGAGUCUCUUGUUGGCCAGUUGGUCAGAGGGCCUGCUUCCCAUGGGCACUGUGAGUGCCAAGGUGCGGGGCCUGGCUCUGCGCACCCAGGAAAAGUCUGCAGAUCCCCAGCCCCCCCGCAAUAAUUCACCAGACCAGAAGCCACUGAUGUACAGAGAACACUUAAGAAAAAUGUAUUUUAUGUGAAAAAAAAGUUAAAUCUCUGUAUACUGUAUCAGCAGCUUUGUGUAAAAAUGGCAAUCAAGAGAGUCUAAUAUAUUUAAAACCUUUUUUUAAAAAAAAAAUCCUCGCAGAUCUUUGAUAUUGUAUUGAAGUAACUUCCAGGUAAGCUCCUUGCCACACGUGGCAGUGGUGGGCCAUUCGAGACCGUGGCUCAACCACAUCCCAAAGGGGCGUGCCCCUGGAGUCACUUCCAUUUGCCAAGGCCUGUGACAGAAUUGGCUGUUAAAGAGUUUUUAAUUAAGAUGAAUUAAAUUCCUUUUAAUAACA